AUGACAAUGGAUAACGAAGAUGACCCUAUCAUGAAAUCAUAUAAAGAGCGUGGCUGUCAAAGUCAACCAACUCAGCGUACACACCCCACUCCUCGCACAUCCCCACUCUCCACACACAACAGCUCCUCGGAGCAACUUCUCCCCCAACAUACGAACAUACAGGCCACUAGUACUGGAGCAACCAGCAACGGGACAUCGUUAACACGUGCGAGACAUUCGCGCAAUGUACAGACAACCAGAAGCGAGAGCACCGUCGUCUUUAGCAAUGAAGCUGAAGGCUCCGCCAACGUCCAUGACAACGCCUUUAGCACUGGCACAGUUAGCGACGGUGCUCAACAUACGUUCAUUACUAGAGAGGACCAGUCCUCCUCGACAGGAUCGAUGUCCUCCACCACGCAGACAGCGCAAGCUACGCAUGUCGGCGAAUCAGAAAGUACAAGAAAUGCCGGGGUCCUUGAUAGCCAGCCACAGGCAUCGGGAUCUUCCACCGAAAGUCCGCAAAAUUCUCGUGAAGACCUUCCGAAUGCCUCCCUCUCACUCUUUCCCAGGCCGAAAGCUCGCAAGAAGCGCGGCCAUGGGUGGACCCGCAGAAAAAUUAGAAGGGCGACUACUCAAGGUCGUGCUGUCCGGGUAGGCGGCAAGCGCCUAGUCGAGGGCGUCGAUGGCGAAGAAGACGAGGCAAGGCAAAUGAAGAGGCGGCGUGUUAGUGAGGAGGCCGUUGCGGGGCCAUUCAACGCACGUUCAAUAUCGUUGGACAACACGAUUGGUGCGACCAACGUCCGUCAGCUGCGAUCGCGCAGCAUCGUCUUUCCCGCAGGUCCCGCAAACUCGGGAAGCGACGAGGGAAACACGACGACGAGGUCGCCAUCUCCAGAUCGUGCAUCAGAACGACCGACUUUAGAAUAUACACUAGAAAAUGAGGUAGACUUCACUCUCAUAAAAACAGAGGAUGAAGAGGAGGGUUUCCUCUGGGAUACUCCUCCGCCUCGGGAUUGGAGUCUGCUGAUGCCAGAAUAUGAACUGGCAACCGAGGACACAUUCCGAUUUGACAGUAACCGGAGUACGCCAGAGCUGACGACUGGACGUGACGGGUCCCAUAGGGAUAGAAGCGAAUCGGUCGGCUCAACGCCCGUAGGAACGCCACGGGCCCAAUCAGUGGACGUCCAAUCGUUUGAUAGAUCCCUUGUGAUCGUUCUUCCGGGAACGAUGGAGGAAGCGGAGCCACCGGACGAAUUGAUGGACAUUCUGGAUGAGGGUGAGGACGAGGACGAGAUUGAUGAAUAUGUUUCGGGUUCCUUCAUCCCUGGUGACGGAAGAAGGUCCAGGGCUCCCAGCCCUCCAUCUCUUCCUCCAUCACACUCCGUAUCACGAUUGACAACUCCCCAGAGUGAUGAGGAGACAGACAGCGCUAGAUAG